AUGACAAGUAUUGGCAGCCUAAAAAACAAAGUGAAAUCGGCAAUUUCACGAACUGUAUCAUUGAACAAGCAAAUAUGUGAAAAGAACAAAUAUGGUGGAUAUAUGUAUAACGAGAAUAUGUGCAAUAGAAAAGGGAAAUACGUAAACAGUAAGUCAGGCGAGAAAAAAAUAAAUUGCAAAAGUAGUGGCAUAUUAAUCCGACCAAGUUGUAGUAACCAAACUUAUAAUUUGAACACUCACAAUUUUUCAGUUGAAAUUGGGUAUAGCAAAAUAAGAAAAAAAAGAGAAAAUUUUAGUGAUAAUAUUAGUAGUAAUAUAAAGGAUAAUAUAUAUAAUUUUAAUAGCAAUAACAUUAAUAAUACUCGUAAUAUUAAUAAUAACAAUAAUUUCAAUGGUAAUAGUGAUAAUAACGAACGAGGAAAAAGCAAAAGAGACGAUAUUCACUCAAGCAUGAUACACUUCUCACGAGAAAAUCCCUCUUCCGAAAAUGCAUUCAAUAAGAAGAAUAAAUUCCUUAAAACGAAGUGUAUUUUAAAAAAAAUAAACGGGGAAAUAAAAGAAUUAAACGUGAAAGAUAUAAAAACAAAAUUACCUAACUAUGUGCCUUAUCAUCAGAAAACAGACAGCGUUACAACGUCUGUUUUCAAAAAUAAAAAGACUUUUUCUUCUACACCCACUACUAUAGAAAGUAUAACUAACCUACCUAUCGUGUACGAUAAUGUCCACAUGAACACAGACUUAGUAAAAAAAUGCAGACAAGCUUCACAAAAUAAACUCUCCAUUCUGAGAAAUUGUAACUGGAGCAAUAAAAUCCUUUCAAAAAUCAAACUACCAGUUGGAAAAAACCUUAACAGUCAAUCAGUUACAAAUACAAGGCUAAAACGUGGGGAGUUUCAAAAUUCAUACAAUGAAUAUUUACAAAAUAUAUCAGGACCAACUUUUAACCCGUUAUCAAAUAACGUGAGAAGUGUAAGUUGUCAUCAUAUUAGUUAUUGUAACGAUAAUAACAAAGAGCAAAAUACUAUUAGAUCGGUCUCACAAAAACUAAUAUUUUGUAAUACCGAAGUAGUCUAUGAUACACCAGUAGGGGAAGCAAAGUUUCGUGGUUUUCAAGAUGACCUUAUCAAACUUGAGUCUGUUCAGAAAAAAGAUGCUUUGUUGUUUCAUUCAUCUCAAGUCAAGCUCGUCAAAAGUGUUGUAACUCCUGAUAUGGAUUCAUUAAAAGAGAAUUUAACAGGGAUGGUUUUAAAGCACUCAAAAAAUAUGAUCUUGAGCAAGUUAAAAAGCAUAAAAAAUAAUAACCACAAUAAUUUUCAAUAUAGGCAUAAUUCCUCAACAAGAAAAAGCAUCUUAAAAAAUAAGGCAAAAAUUUCCAAAUGGAAUUCUACAAACAGUAGAGGAAACAGUGAGUCUCACCUUAGCGACAGAGUCGAAAAGGAAGAAGUAUGUUCAUAUGAUCACCCCUAUUCGCUAGAGGAUUAUAAUGAAAAAUUAAAUAAUUCUAAAAAAUUAUCAUGUAAUGAAGGUGUACCUUUAUUCGGGAAUAGUGCACAGGAUGUAACAGUUGAGAGACUUCUAGCAGAAAAACCAAAAAUAAAAUCAAUUCAAAAAAAAAAAUGUAUCGAAAAAAUAAGUUGCUACAAGGUAAUACACAAAAGUGAUGAUUUCAUAAGCAUAUAUAAAAACGAAGGUGAGAGAACGAGGAAUGAACCAUGUAUCGAUGUGUCUAGUCUGUUGUGCAAACCAGGAUAUGUAGGAAAUUAUUUAUGUGAGUCAAAUUCAACAAAGAAUUAUUGUCAUGCUAUGGAAGAGGAUGACGAGAUUGCAAGUAGGAAUGAAGAAGAAGGGGUUAAUAUGAACACACUGUACAAGAUGAAAAAAAAAAAAAAAAAUUACAAUAACAACAACAAUAAUAGUAACAGUAAUAAUAAGAAGAAAAAUAACAGUAACAAAAGUGAUAACAAUAAUAGCAGUAACAAAAGUGACAACAAUAAUAACAGUGAAGUUGAUAAUAAUUUAACGUCUACUAAUAACUACGAGUUGAAUGAGAAAUUACAAAUAGAUGAAUAUGGACAUAUACAAGAGGAGUAUAAUACACAGUACAAUUUUGAAAAUGAUGAAAUUUUAUACCAUCUAAGAAAAGCUGUAAUAUGUUCACCUACACUUAAUCUUGACUUACAGUAUAUUACACUUUUCGAUGAAAUACUAUAA